AUAGUUCCCAUUCAAUUGGAAUACAUAGACUUCAAUUCAUUCUACUAUUCGAAUCCGUUUCGUGUAUUCCUCUCUUCUGUCACAAAAAUCAAUCAUAAAUCAUAUUCAUGUUUAAUUUAUAUGAACGCAUCAGGCAAUACUUUGCCCCGGAACCUACUCCGGGACCAUGCAAAGGAAACAAUAUCUGCGAAUUUUGCGCAGAGAAUGUUCAAUCUAUUAUGGAUAUGAUUGGGUUGAACUGUAAAAUCGCUGAUGGAGGCAUCAUACUUUUGGUAUACAUGAUCACACUAUUCACUGCACUAGCUGUGGGUUUACUUUGUGUGACUGUGACUUGUAUUACUGCGGCUUAUCGUAAAUGGCGUCAAUAUAAAGAAGAGAAGGCUUUGCGGAAAAGAAAUUUGCAAAUAAAGGAGGAGGAGGAGAAAGAAUUUAAAAAGGUUAUUGCUGAAAUGUUUUUGCGGAAAAUACUAAGGGACACUCCUUGUAAGGCUAACAAACAAGAAUCUAAGGCGGAAUCCGAUAGUUAUACAAAUAAAAUCGAAGGCAAUAAAGAAAAUAUUCCGAGAUCUCGCACUUACACCAAGCUCGAAAAUACGAACGAUGUUGGUAUUAUCAACGAUGAAGUUGAAGUUCUUUUUUCAAACCCUGAAGCUUGCACAAAUAAAUCGAAACGCAAGAAGGCUGACGUUGACGUAAACGAUGACGUUGAGAAAUGUCAAAAAAAUUAAACUGAGCUCUCAGCCUGAGUCCAAACAUGAUGAUGUUAAUAUCGAUAUGAACGAUAACAUUGAUGUCAGUGCCAAGAGGUCGAGGUCAAAUUCAAGAGCCGAGGUCGCUCCAGAAAAUUCUAAAUCUC